GCUCUCAGUCUCUUUCUCUCGCUCUAAUCCCCCCGAGCUCCAGAGGGUCCAGACCACCUUCGAUCUGCCCUCGAGCCUCAUCUCGUUCUAGGUUUUCGAAUUCACGAUGGCAGCUUCGUGCAUCUCCGUGUCUAUGGCCGCGGUGGCCCCCCUCGCGGCCGCAAGGUCGGUCGAGGCCACUGGCGCCAAGCAGAGCGCGCGCCUGGCCGUGCCGAGCUUCGGCGCUGGUGUCCGUUGCAGGCUCGACUCUGCGCCGCUCGCAAGGCUGUCGCUAGGCGCUGAGGCGCGCAGGGUGGGAAUCGUGGCUCGCGCUGCCGACCUCGAGGAGGCUCCCGCGGCCGUGGCUGCGCCCGCGUCGACGAAGCUGUAUGUUGGAAACCUGCCGUGGAGCAUUCACAGCAAGGAGCUGGCCGAGAUCUUCCAGGAGGUGGGCAAUGUCGAGCUGGUGGAGGUCAUCUACGACCGUGACACGCAGAAGAGCCGCGGGUUCGCCUUCGUGACCAUGAGCACGGUGGAGGAGGCACAGAAGGCCAUUGACGCACUGGAGGGCUCAGAGCUUGACGGUCGCGUCAUCCGCGUGAGCUUUCCCCAGCCCCGCGAGCCCCGCACCGGCGACCGCAACAACGACAGGCGUGAGCGCCCCGCUCCUCGUGAGCGACGUGGAGACUUCUCCCCACGCGCCAGCGACUCUGAGACCAAGCUCUUCGUCGGUAACCUCUCGUGGGGAGUCGAUGAUGCAGCCCUCGACGAGCUCUUCCGCGAGCACGGUACCGUUCAGGAGGCGCGAGUUGUCUGCGACCGCGACACGGGCCGCUCCAGAGGAUUCGGCUUCGUGAAAUUCGCCACCCAAAACGAGUGUAACCAGGCCAUCCAAGCCCUCGACGGAGCUGAGUUCGACGGCAGACCUUUGAAGGUUAACCCCGCGGGUGACAAGCCCGAGAGGAGAGACGGACCCCGCUACUAAAGAGAAAACGAGGUCGGUUCUUGAGAAGAGAAGAGAUGAGAUGACGUAGGAAAACGAUUCGGUGAAUUCUCUCGAUUUUGAGGCUUCGUCGCCCGUAGGUCGGUCGCAUCCGCAGCGGAAUUCUUCUCCCGAUGUCGAUCGUUGUUCCGAGAUUGAUAGAGACUGCGCUGGCCUCGCUCGUCAGGUUAGAAAUUUUUAGUUGGGUUUAGGGUUCAGGGUUCGGUGGGUGGCAGGGAGUGGUAUAUUCUUUCAGGCCCUCAGGGUUUAAACAGCAGUAACCGUUGUUCAGUAAUAUGCAUACAGAUUGACAGGCCGUCCCCACAAUUUUUGGGGACGGGGUACAAUUCUUCGUCUCGUGCCCUUCUAGGGCGGUUUUGAUUUCCAUCAUUCCCGUCCAAUGAAUUUUGUCCAUCAUGUAAAUAAAAACAAUCCGCAUGUGACGCGAAAUUCUUGC